UUCAUUUCUGUGGGGGGAAAAUUUGCAUUCUUUUGAUCGGCCGCACUUCAAUCCAAACACUUUCCUGAGCUCUUGUGUAAUUUUGGGGUUUUUUGCAAAUGGUGUUCCACGUAAAAGUCGAUGGGACUUUACUUGUUGCAAAUGAAACUUGUUUUUCUCCCGAAUGAAGGAAAUCCCAUUUUUGGUGAUCGUUUCCAGAUGGCAACCCAACAGGGGAGCAGCUUGUCUCCCACACCGUCAACGCCGGGUGGAGGAAGUUCUCCCUUUGGAGCCGUGGACGUCGCGGUACUGGUGCUCUACUUCGUCUUUGUGCUGGCUGUGGGCUUUUGGUCCAUGUGGAGAACGAAGCGCAGCACGGUGGAUGGCUACUUCCUGGCGGGGAAGAGCAUGACCUGGUGGCCGGUGGGCGCCUCGCUGUUUUCCAGCAACAUCGGCAGCGGGCACCUCAUCGGGCUGGCCGGUUCUGGCGCGGCGGCGGGAAUCGGGGCGAUCGCCUACGAGUGGAAUGGAAUGUUCAUGGUGCUGCUGCUCGCUUGGAUCUUUCUCCCCAUUUAUUUGGCCUCCGGGGUGACAACCAUGCCAGAGUAUUUACAGAAGCGAUUCGGCGGGAGAAGAACGCACUUGUCCAUCGCCGUCUUGAGCUUGUUUAUUUACAUCUUUACCAAGAUUUCAGUGGACAUGUACGCCGGCGCGUUGUUUAUAAAGUUGGCUUUGCAGUGGGACCUGUACCUGGCCGUCGUACUGCUGCUGUCGGUCACGGCGCUCUACACCGUAGCAGGUGGUUUGGCCGCCGUCAUCUACACCGACGCUGCUCAAACGGCGAUCAUGCUAGCGGGAACGCUCGUCCUGAUGGGCUUCAGUUUUGCUGCGGUGGGAGGCUGGAAUGCGCUGAUGGGGGGCUACCUGGACGCCGUCCCCUCGGUUCGCGUGGCCAACACGACGUGCGGCGUCCCUCGGGAGGACUCCUUCCACAUAUUCAGGGACCCGGUGGACUCUGACCUCCCGUGGCCGGGCGUCGUCGUCGGCAUGUCCGUUCCUUCCAUGUGGUACUGGUGCUCUGAUCAGGUGAUCGUUCAGCGCUCGCUAGCUGCCAAAACGCUGACCCACGCUAAAGGCGGCUCCCUAUUGGCCGCUUACCUCAAGAUUUUGCCGUUUUUUGCCGUCAUGUUGCCCGGCAUGAUCAGCAGGAUACUUUACACGGAUGAGGUCGCGUGCGCCGAUCCCGACUUGUGUAAGCAGAUCUGCGACAACCCGGUAGGAUGUACUGACACCGCCUACGCCAAGUUGGUCAUGGAGCUCCUCCCCGCUGGACUGCGAGGGCUGAUGAUGGCUGUGAUGAUCGCGGCGCUGGUGUCCUCCCUCACGUCCGUCUUCAACAGCGCCAGCAGCAUUUUCACCAUCGACCUGUGGAAGGCGUUCCGACCCGCCGCGUCCGAGUGGGAGCUCAUGAUCGUGGGCAGAGUGUUCGUGCUGGUGCUGGUGGUGGCGUCCAUUUUGUGGAUCCCCGUCAUCCAGGCCAGUCAGGGGGGGCAGUUGUUUAUCUACAUCCAGUCCAUCAGCACCUACCUGCAGCCGCCCGUGUCCGUCAUCUUCCUGCUGGGCUGCUUCUGGACCAGGACCAACGAGAAGGGCGCCUUCUGGGGUCUGGCGGUGGGCCUGACGGCGGGCUGCACCCGCAUGCUGUUGGACUUCAUCUACCCGGCCCCGCUGUGCUUCCAGCGGGACGACAGGCCCGCCGUGGUCGGACGGGUCCACUAUCUGUACUUCUCCACGCUGCUGUCGCUCAUCACGCUGGCGGUGGCCGUUUCGGUCAGCCUGGCCACCGAAGAGCCCGAAGCCGAGCAGAUUCGUCACCUGACUUGGUUCACGAGAGGUGCCCCCACUGAGGCCAAAGAGGCGACGUUGGAGGAGGUCACGGGGCACCAGCUGCCCGCAAAGGAACAAGACGACGCAAGAAAAGAUUCAUCAAGCUCGCCUCAGUCCAGGUUGGUGUCGGCGCUCUACUGGCUGUGCGGGAUGGAGGGACGGGAAGAGGGAGCGGCGGAAAAGGGCCCAGCGACGCCCGUGACCCCCGACCCCAAUCAACUGAGAGAAAGUCCGCACCUGAAACGGUUGCUCAACGCCAACCUCGUUGUUUGCCUCUCCGCGGCCGCGUUCGUCAUCGGGUACUGGGCUUGAGCGGCCUUCAAACGUUCACGUCCUACAAAUGUUAUCGAAUCGCAUUAUCAGGGGCAUCUCGUGCGGCAUAUUUAGGCCACGGCUGUGCGCUCUCCUUGUAAUGCCACAUUCCAGCGUACGGGGGCGCUAAAUGAGCAGCAAAUAUUCUCCUAUUUUCUCAUACAGUGCGUGUAGGGUCGAAUAUUUGGGCUAACAAGCAGGGAGCCUUGAGUUGUACAAAUGAAUCAAUCAAAUAUUUGUCAAUUACAAUAAUCCUGUACAGUAUAUUUAAAAAAAAAAAAUCUUUCUCAGCUGUUGUCCCAAUUUAAAACGACGCCACGCAAAAUAAUCAGUCACUUGCUAAUAAUCAUCUCUUUCGUGUGCAUCCUUAUCGUUACUGUAAGAGUUGAAAUUCAUUUACUUUUGUCAUUUGAAAUGACGUCAACAGAUGAAAUAA